CCUUACCUGUGUCACCGUUUCCGUUUUUUGAAUGCUAAAAAUAAGAGUCACCGCCAUAUUGACCAAGAACCUAAUGCGGAAGUGGUGUAGUGCUCAAAUAACUUUGUUUUUAAAUAGUUUUAGCUUCUUUUCACAUUCUUCAAUAUAAAAACAAAUCAAGGACAACUUUGGCCAUGGGGCUUUGAUGCUAUUCACCUUGUUUUACGUUGUUUUCUUGGUGAAGUUAGUCACCUCCAGAGCGCCGUGACCCAUCGCCAUGGCGGAUAAGAAACUGUUGUUUUUGUGUCUGUUUAUAAGCGUCUGCUUCGUCUGUUUUGUAACUCCGUCGCCAUACGAAUGGAUGUACCAUGACAGGUGGGAUGUCAUUAACGACAUGUUCUCGAAUGUGUCUGCCCAAAAUUGUCGUUCCAAAUCAAAAGAUCAGCUCAUGUUACCCAUCGACGCAGUUUCCGCACCACCAACAUACAAUAGACUGCUGAGUUCUAAAACCUAUUCCAACAGAACUGUCCUUCUGCAUGUUCACAAUAUGGCAUUGAACAGAGCUUUCUUUUAUUCACUCAUCUACCAAAGACUCAACAACACUUGGGACUUUGCCACUCAGCCUGGUCUGAUGUAUAUUUACAUGUCAGCUGCAGCAGACAUCUCAGCAAGUGCUGGAUUUAUCAAUGGCUCUGGACUUUUCUUUGACAACAAUUGUUCCUAUCCUAACUGGUACACUACCAUGGACUUUAAUAGAACACUGCCAUUGUUUGGACCCAAAGCCUGGAGAGAAGAUGAUUACAAUGAGCCCACAAACUAUCUGAGAGAACCCACCAACUCUACCAUUGACAUCUGGGAUCUUGCUGCUGGUAACGCACGUAAUUACACUGACAAGAGGUACAAGGGCAAUCCGUGGGUGGAUUUCUGGCUGCCUGACUUGAAGGCAGACACAGAUUCUACCAGAAAGUUUACAUACUCUGUGGCCAUAAGGUAUUCCAACACCACUGGCAAGUUCAAAACCCCCGACUUUGAGGAGUUCAAAUUCUUUGGUCCUCAGCAACCUGGUAGUGAAGACCCAGACACUAUGUUGCCUGUGCGUGUGACAAGGCCUUAUUUUGAUUGUGGACAGUCCAACCGUUGGAUUGUGACUGCAUCAAGUCCAGUUGUGGAGUUCAUGCCAAGAUAUUCAAACUUCACUCACUUGAGGAGACCAAGAUUUACUGCUGUAUCUACAAUUGAUAUGGAGUUUGAAAGAAUUGACAUGAACCAAUGUCCUAUCAUGCCUGGUAAUCCAGCACCCAAUGCAUUUGCUGGUACAGCUAGGUGCAGACCUUCCACAUCUUGCGAGCCCUUGAUGGGAUAUGGCUUCAAAAGAGGAGGUUAUCAGUGUGUUUGUAAUCCUGGAUAUUAUUAUCCCUGGUGGCACGAUGGACCCUUUCUUGGUAUUGAACUGGAGCAAGCCACUAAAGCAGAAUGGGAAGUUGGCUUUGACUGUCUGACAGUUGCAGAUCGUCAGGUCAUCCCUAAUGUCAUGCCAACCUUUGUAAGGAAGAGGAGGUCUGUGGCCAACAGCAAAAGUUUAUUUUUGCAAGAAGUUGUCCCAGAAGACCAGAGUCCACGUCUGACUAGAACACAGAAGAAGAAGCUCAUCCCAACCCUUGAAGCUCUGCGUGAAGAGUUAAAACGAAAGAAGGCAGAAGAAAGUAGCACCAACCCCAAAGUCAACCUGAAGAAAAACAAAGUUGCAAAGAAGGCAUAUGAGCCUAGCAGGGCACACAGGCGCUCCAAGCGUGAAGCUACAGAUGAGCAGGCUGUUAAUCGCAUGAUGAGGAUCUUGCAGAGAUAUCAAGAAAUCACACCUGUCACCUGCAAAACCAAAAAGGCUUAUGAGCUCCUGCUACCUGGAGAUGCUGCUUAUGGUAUGCACACUCAGUUUGAAGCACAAGGUCGUACUGCUCUUCGUCUGGCCCAUUUCCUAUCCAACUUCCUUCAAAAUGUGGAUGAAUAUGAGGAAUUUGGUAACCUGAGAGGUGACCGACGUCUCAAUGAAACUCAAAUUUUUGGUGAGGUCAUUGCUAAUGUAAUGGCUGACUGGAAGAUUGUUGGUGCAGGCGUCUUCUUUGAUCGGUACAAAUUCCGCAUGUCUCCGCCUAUCAACAAUACAGAUCCUCGAUUUGUAAAUGGUAUUACAAGAGAGUUUUUUGGACCCUUCGCUUGGAGAGUGAGAGCCACUGGAGUUGGAAGUGUGGGUGGAGCUGAUUUCUUCAGAGCCAUGGACUUUGCUGGUCUGAAAACUUACUACACUGAUGAAUCCUGGUUCAGGAGUAUGAAGUUUAGAUGGGCCACUAACUUUGUUGGUUUGAAGAAAUUUACUGCCAAACCAAUGAUAAGAUCCAACUACAAUGGAACCAGUCUUGUUAGAUUUGAGUACUAUCCAUACACCUACAGGGCAGCUCAAUAUGAAGAUGGUGAAUGGCUUCGCCCCCAGUUCAAAUGUGAUGGCAUGGUGGACAGUUGGGUUGUCACUUACCUAGCCCCAUUCUUUGGCAAAGAUGAUAUCAAGCAAAAUAUAGAAUUCAAGGGUGUAGUGUCUGUGGAUGUCUCGCUAAAUGAGCUGAGUCUGGACCAGUGCCCAGGAGAUUUCCACACACCCAAUGCUUUUAAAAAUACAGCCCGGUGUGAUUUUGAAUCUCAAUAUUGCACUAUGAUUGAAGGCAGGAGGUACAGCACAGGCUACUAUAAAUGUGAAUGUCGUCAAGGCUUUGAGUACCCAUUCAAUGACCUUAAUUGGUACUAUGAUGGUCAGACAAUGGAGCAGGAGUAUAGAAAGAUGAUGCAAGGCCUACCAAAUAGAUUUGAAACACUCAAGUGUCGUAAAGCUGGUGCUGCUGCUAUUUCCGCUAGUUUAUUUUUAUUUGUUAGUGUAGCCACUAUUAAUUUCUUGUUAUUUAAACAUUAAUACACUUGUUAUUGAAGAAUGUUCUUUUUAUGUGUAUCAGCAGGAAAACUUAACAAUUCUCUAUAUUUGUAUGCAAAAUUUUAAGCAAUGAUUUUUUAACCUUCUGUGAAAUAUUGCAUGACCUCAAUGCUGAAAGUCUGAUCUCUUUGAAAGUAAACUCUCAUGCUUGUGUGUGCAUCUGGACACUACAAUAAUCUCUUUUUUUUCUGUUCAUGUCGCCAAUGUUGUACAUAGAUCUUAUAUAUAUAUAUAUAAAAAGAUAUGUAAUACAAAUUUGUUUUAUAAAUAUGUAUUUGAUUUUUUUUGUAUGUUACCUGUUUCAUAAAAUCCUACCAUCAUUUAUUUACUGUAAAAACUUGCACUUGAGAACAUUGCAGUGAUGCAGCCAAAUUUAUGUCUGGUGUGUGUGUGUGUGUGUCAUUGUAAAUAAAAUCAAGAAAGAGAUUAAUACAAGUUGUGUGUGUGUUGGUGCUGUGCUGUAUAUGAAAUCACAUGACAUCAUAUUUAUAUUGCUAUGUUAUAUUCAAAAACAUGGUACAGGAAAGUUUUAAAUUUUUUUUUUGUUUUUUUUGCUGCAUCAGAUGUUUCAAAGAGAUUAGAUUGGAAUGAGUUGGACUUGAUAUUUUUGUUAAUGGUGAUGUUACUUGAUGGAGUCUUAGUUUUCAAAACAACUAAAGUAGCUAUAAGCUGGUAGAUUUUUUUCACUUUAUUUGCAAAUCAAGUACAUGCAUAAUAGAACAGUUAGUUAGCUGUUAAGAUUCUAAUGUACAUGGCAUGUUUCUAGAUGAAAUGGGUUGCCUCAAGUAACUUUAUUUGUGUAAUAGACAGGUGAAUUUGGGAAGUUAAUUGUACUCUAAAUAUAAUAUUUAUCUCAUAAAAAUAAUGGUGGACAAGCUAAAGAAAAAAGAUACUGUCUAUAUAAAUACUAAUUUCUUGUAAUAUUCUUUCAUGUAUAUACAAAUUGUUCCUUAGUUUGGACAAAGUUUUCUAUUGUUUAGUUCACUUUUUUGUUUACACUUUAUUAUUCCUCUUUUCACAUUUUUAAACCAACAUUUUUUAUAAAUGGUUCAAAUAUAUAAACAUAUACGACUAAUUUCCUUGAGGCAAUACAAUUAUUCACAUAGAUCUAUUUGUUUAAAGUAUGCAAAGACUUGACUUGCUCAAAGAUGAAAACAAUUAUACAGUUCUACUAGUACAAUUGGUCAGCUAUAUUCUCAUAGCACAGUAAUUUUUAGAUUUUUAAACUAACUUUCUGAUAGUGAUAAUGUUAACAUUAAAGAUUUGCUACAGGCAGCAGUAUAUAUUGAUAGCAGUAAUGCCUAAAGAUAUGUUAACAAUUUGCUUUUCAUUUUGCUUUUGUAAGAUAAAAUAGUUUAUGGUGUUAUGUAUAAACAUUCCAAUAUUCUGUGCUCAUAUUCAAUGAAAUAAAAUUUUUAUAACUUUUGUUUUCUAA